AGGCGGCGCGGUCGGCCACGCCACGCCGCCGCUAAAAUACCACCAUCAUGCAACUACCAGAGCUACCGCCGCCACCGCUCGCCCCGCUAUGGGACAGAGUACUUCGAGCCCGCACAUUACCACCCGAUCUCGACGUCCAACUCCUAUACAUCGCGAUCAAAGACCGCUUGACACAUCCAGAAUGGGAGGUACGCCUCCAUGCUCUUAGAGUUCUCGCUGAACUUUUACCUCUAUCCGGCAACGCUCUAUCUUUUCCAUUCGAUCAAGUCAUAGAUAACCUGGGACACGGCUCACCGAACGUCAGAAAGGCGGCUCUGGAUGCUCUUAAAGUAUUUUGCAAUCAUUGUGAAGAUCCUAUUUGUGCAGCUAACGCGAUUAUAGAUAAAUGUUCUUAUAGCAACAUGAGUUCACGCACACGUCAUAUCAAUAUGAAGGUUAAUGUGGUGACCGGGCUGAUACUGUCCAUACCAUCUCUUGUAACGAUUUUAAAGCGAAGAUACAGAGAGCUUGAUUUAUUUCCUUUCUUUCAAAUAUUAGGUGAGAAACUUUUUGAUACAAUGCAUAGAGACGUUGCGCUGCGUUCAUUAAUGAAAAUGCGUCGAGUGUGUGGUCCACGUGAGUACAUGUUGCAGUUUUCCCGUCUGACUACAAAAACACAGGAAAAAUUUCGUUAUUUGUGUGAAGUUUUUGAUGAGGAUUCAAUGGACGUUUACUAUGCGCCAAGAAAGCCGAGUAGUCAACAGUUAAAGAAUUUUAAUAGUAUGUAUAAUCAGACAGCAACAAUACCUCUAAACUUUUCGACUGAUUCUUCGUCUGAGGAAUCAUAUUAUAGUGUGCCGUUGUACAGUAAUAGUAAUGGCACAAAAGUGAUAAUUGAAACAGAAAUCAAGUUUGAUUCUGAUACUGCAAUAACAAUGACAGUUUUAGAACAAAAUGAGACAGAAUCUGACAGAAACUUCGGUAGUGAAGAAGAUAAUUCUGAUCGUCAUUAUCUCAGGUACAGUGAAGAUGAUUCUGCGGAAGAUUCAGACGUGGUUGUUAAAAAAGUGCGGUUUGGUGGUGAAAGUGUAAAAAUACGAACACCUGAUAGUGAUAAUUUAUUGAACAGUGAAGAAGACGUAAAAGAAAAUAAAAAUUUACACGCUGCAGCUAUUCUGUCAGAUAAGGCAGCUAUACAGGAUAAAAACAACGAAAUUAAAAAAAAUGUGGCCAAUAAAGAAACACGAGCGGUAACUAGGAAAAGCGGUAUACCCCUGCCGGUUAUACAAACUAAAUCAAAUGGCACGAAUAUUAAUGGAACAAAAAAUAUUAAAGUUAAAUCAAAAUCCUUAAGUGAACUAUAUGAUUAUUUUAAUGGUAGGAAAAGUGCAAAUAUAGAGAAGAAAACCAGUUUUGCGUUAACACUAUCAGAUGCCAGGUCUUCUGAUAAAGUGCCGAGUCCUGUGGAACCUCAUAGAGAGGUUGAAGUAUUGCACAACUUGCAACGCAGUCCAACAUUAUCGCCCAGAAAACAGCAAACACUCGUGGAUGUUGAUAGUGAGGGAUAUGUACUAAAUUUGAUCGCAACCUCACCUCCGGAAUCUCUUCUCCUGUCACCUCGGCCACCAUCUUCGCUGAAGACUCACUACGACUGGGAGGAGCUUGGUAUAGUCCCACAGCAUAUUAUUGAUCAGCUGCAUAAUACGGAGAACUGGAUAGCUGCAGUGAAGGCUGCUGAUUACCUGCACGGCGCGUUAUUGGAUGCCGAUAACGUGUUCAGAGCAGAACCAGCCGUGUCCUCCCUGGUGCAGCAUAUGUGGGCUCUCAGUGACGCUAUACCGGCUGCUCACGCCCCAGCUGAAGGUGUAGUGUGUGCGAUUGUUCGUAGCUCCAGUGCAGACAGCAUCAGAGAAAUUCUGCCAUCGUUGAUAAAGAGGACCACUCAUGAGUCACCUCCAGCCGCUUUACCACACGCCUUGCUGCAGAGGUUGGCUCUACACCAUCUCGUAGACUUGAUAUUCGAUGAUCACAUCGUUCAGGUUAAGGAUCCAGAAGAGGCUGAAAGUGCACGACUUAGGGCCGCGAUGUGCUUCACCAGAGCGGCCGGGCCCGCAGCUGUGCUGGCAGCUGUCAGGAGAAGGCUUGGAGAUUCCUCUCAAGCUGAUGAAUUCUGUCAUAAGCUGCGGGAACGUUUAAAUAGACCGGUAGAUAGUGCAAGACCGUCUGUAUUUCCAAGGGUAUCGCACCUGCCAGUCUCUACAAGGAGACGAGCUCGGUCGACCCCUCCCGCAGCGCCGAGACCGCGCACACGUAAACUGCGACCCUUACCGGAAUCAGCACCACUACUUGGUACUAGCAUCAGCUCCACGGCGAGAGCUUUCUUCGUGACUCCACUCAAGGAAAUGGCAAAUGACGAAAGAGACUCCAGUGCAAGUUCUAAAUCGCCAAAAAAUGCAGUAUCGACAACACCAAUUAAAGACGAAAACAAUCUCGUAGAUGCCCCAAUUUUUACCGAGUUAGAAGUAAACAAUGCGCCAUCUGAAGAGACUCGUAUUGAUAAGGCGCCAAGUACUCCAUCAAUUCAUUUGGAUGAUUACUCAGAGAAAUCGAUUAAAUCUCAUCAAAGUGAUGACGAAAAUGAGCAGAACACUUCCGAAAAUAUCGAAGGAGAGGUUUUAAGUAUCGUUUCAGCAGAGACUGAAACACAGAUUAUAGACAGUGCAACCACUGCCGAUAAUGAUGAAUCAAAUUCUCGUCCUUUAAGCGAAAAAUCUAUACACGAACGCCCAAAAAGUUUUCAUUCCACCGAAUCAGCUAGGAGUUUAAGUGUAGAAGAAAGUGAGCCCCAGUGUGUGGUAAAUGAGCGAGAUGUAAGAGUUACUAUAGCAGAAUGCAUUUUACCAACAAGACAUGAAGAUUGGGAAGCGAUAGUCAAAGGUUUGUCAGAAAUUGAGGGACUGGCAGCAGACACGUUAGCACGCGCUCCCGCUUCCAGCUGGCGAUCUGCUGUUCGAGCUGCUGCAGCACAUGUGCGUUCUCUACGGUCGAAAGUAGCACGCGCUGCUUGUUCUUCAUUAGGAAGUCUGUAUGAAAACCGUGGAAAAGUGCUAGAACCGGAAGUAGAAGAAGCGACUACAGCAUUACUAGAACGAUGCGCAGAUGUAAACAGGUUCCUACGAGCAGAAGCUGCGAAUGCAUUAGGACGAGUUGCAUGUGGUGCUGGAAGUGCUCGAGCAGGAGUAGCUCUUGCAAGACGUGGAGCUAGUCAUCGGGCUGGACCUAUUAGAGCUGCGGCAGCCCAAGCCUUAGCUAAACUAACACGUCACACGGGCCCAUCAAAAAUACUUGAACUUCCAACGGAGCCGCGCAUUGUAAUACUUAAAGCUGCUGGUGAACUCUUGGCCGACGCUCAUCCAGAGACUAGAUUACAUGCGAGGAAUUUAUGCUUAAUUCUUUCGGAAGACUUGCGCUUUCGUCAACUGCUUAAGGAUUCUAUGACUCUAAGUCGCUACCGUGCAAUAGAAAAGUAUGUGGACAAGCUGCGUUGCCGAUGAAACCUUCGUGUAACAAAUACAUAUUAUGUGAUUAGUGACAACUCGGGUACUUUGAUGGUGAACCUGCUAGUUAAAUUGAAUUGUUUUCAAAUAUAAGUACUUACAAAAGUACUUAAAGUCAAGCCGAACUUAGUGGCCCACUUCUUCAUACCUAUUAAUAAAUAAGUACCUACCUACGUUAAAGAAAUUUUGAGAAAAAUAUUGUUAUUUGUCGAAAUUUUAUAUCAUAAUUAUUAGUAAAUAUACCUCUAACCUAUACAGAUAA